AAAAAUAAUACUUUAUUCACAUAUUGUGCGCCUUUCACUUAGUCCAUUACAUGCGUUGACAAAUCGUGCUGCCAUUGGGCCCAAAAUGUAAUUUCUAAAGAUGUUGGUCGUUAACUGACCAUGGCUGAUGUACAAGUUUAGCCAUUGCAUUGUUUCUUUGGUGGCCCGUUUCGCUUAAUUGUCUACCCGGCGGCUUUCAUAACAUUUUGAAAGCAGGGCAUUGUCAGUGGAAAGUACUUCAUGCUUUUCUGAAGUGGGAUGAUAUUUGUUUUCCCAGAUAUUAGCAAAGUAUGAAAACCAGAUAAACGUGUUUUCGGAGUUCCUUGAAGACUUGCCUGACACAGAUGAACCUGUGUGGGUUUUAGGAGAGUGUUACAAUGCUAAAACAGGAAAGACGGAGCUACUAUCAGACGUCCACUCGCGGCUAUGGUUUACCUACAGGAAAAAAUUCUCUCCCAUAGGGGGAACAGGCCCCUCUUCAGAUGCAGGCUGGGGAUGCAUGCUACGCUGUGGGCAGAUGAUCCUUGCACAGGCCCUGGUAUGCUCACAGCUGGGACGAGCCUGGCGUUGGAGGGCAGAGGGAGGACAGCCGGAGAAGUACCAUCGUAUCCUCCACUGUUUCCUGGAUAGGAAAGACAGCUGUUACUCCAUACACCAAAUGGCUCAGAUGGGAGUUGGUGAAGGAAAGUCUGUAGGAGAGUGGUAUGGCCCAAACACAGUUGCACAAGUGCUCAAGAAACUUGCUCUAUUUGAUGACUGGAAUUCUCUUGCUGUGUAUGUGUCAAUGGACAACACCGUGGUGAUCGAGGACAUCAAGAAGCAGUGUCGCCAGGCAAGCAGUGAGAGCAGAUUGCGGCCGAGACCCUGUGGCUGGCAGGAACCCUUCACCUCUAGGGAAACACCAGAACAAGCCUGUUCUCACACGGACGGGCAUAGAGCCACGACUUGUCCACAUUCCCAGUCCCAUUCUGACUGGAGACCCCUACUGCUGGUCAUACCACUCCGCAUGGGAAUAAACCACAUCAACCCUGUCUACAUCCAGGCCCUCAAGGAGUGUUUUAAAAUGCCACAGUCCUGUGGUGUGCUGGGAGGAAAGCCCAAUCUGGCCUAUUACUUCAUCGGAUUUGUAGGAGAGGAGCUGAUCUACCUGGACCCCCACACCACCCAGUCAGCCGUGGAGGCUGAGGCUGGCAGUGGAGUGGACGACCAGAGCUACCACUGUCUGAGGAGCCCACGCCGCAUGAAGAUCACCAACCUGGACCCCUCUGUGGCCCUGGGAUUUUUUUGUAAGAGUGAAGAUGACUUUGAUAGUUGGUGUAACCUGGUCCAGCAGGAGAUUCAGAUGAAGAGGAACCUGAGGAUGUUUGAGCUGGUGGAGAAUCACCCGCCCCACUGGCCCCCCUUCGUUCCUCCCACCAAACCAGAGGUCCAGACCACAGGGGCAGAGUUCAUCGAAUCGACCGACAAGCUGUUUGAGUCUGAAGAGGAGUUUGAGAUCCUCAACGUGUGACCAGCCUCCCUUUCGCUCCCCUCUGCUCAUUCCAGUGGAUGGUGAUUGGGUGGAUUACCUUGGCUCCCAUGUUCCACACUGUGCUGUAGAAGUGCCUCAGAACAACACCAAGCACAAACUGCUUACCACUUUGCAAAAAAAACACUAACAACCCAGCAAGAGACGAUAAAAACUAGGAAAGAUCCUAGACAACUCAAGACAGAAUUUGUUAUUUUUAUUUUUUACAUUUUUUAAUUAUUUAUAUUUCUUCAUUUUUGGUCGGUAAUAAUUUUUUUAAACUGCAUUGUUUAAGGGCUUGUAAGCGUUUCACUGUAAGGUCUACCUGUUGUUUUCGGCGCAUGUGACAAAUAAAAUUGGAUUUGAAGUCAGGAACAUGGUGUAUACAGUAAACACAAGCUUGGACUGUCUCAUUUUUAUGUUGUAACCAGGAAACAAAGCCAGGGACCAUGGUUGUCUCUACAUGAAACAGGCUUUUUUUGUCUGUGUUAGACUUGUUUAAUGAACAAGAGAGACGAAGACCGUUCAGAUGCAUGAACCGCAUUGUACAGUGAGACUACACCUCUGCUGCAGCAGGGAAAGGACCUAGGUGAAGACAGCAGGGAAAGGACCUAGGUGAAGACAGCAGGGAAAGGACCUAGGUGAAGACAGGCACGAGGAUAUGUCUGAAGAAGCCACUACCUCCUGACGCCGGGAGACAGAAAUAUGCAGACAGUGUUAAAAUACAAAACAUACAACCAAUAACUUGUUUAUUAAGAAAAGUGCCUCUGAAAUAUAUUUGUGUUCAAUGGUUGGGGAGGGCAAAGGUUUUCCCAAGGUGUGGGAUGUGGAACACUCAUGUAAAUAUUCCUGACAAUAAAGAUAUUUAAACACUUUG